GACUGUGCAGUGAGUGGGUCCUUGUUUACUCAAUAAGUAAUGAUUAGAUCGGGGAUUCUGCUCCACAAAUGAGUCAGUAAUUUUUGACCACUGUUGAAUCUGAUAAAAAAAGAGCGGUCCGGUUGCUCCUCACCCAACUUGAAGACAACAUAAUGAAGUCCUGGUGCACCCUUGCUUUCCUCUGGUUGGCAUAUUUCAGCCAUGGAACUCUGUCCUGCCCGCCACUUUGCAAAUGCUACCACAGAAGAGCUGAGCUGGUCUGCAAUGAGGUUCCCCUGACAGAGUACCCCUCCGAGGGUCUCCCGAAGAACACCACCAUGCUGACCAUCCAGUUCACGAACAUCACCUCCAUCUCGGAGCAGGACCUGAACGCCACGCCCCUGCUGAAGGGACUCCACCUGUACAGCAACCAUCUGAAGAACCUCUCCUCUCAUCUCCUCAGAGGCGUCCCUCACCUCGACACUUUGGAUCUCACGGGAAACAAGCUGUCCGACCUGCCAGCGGAUGUCUUCAGCCACGCCCCGCUCCGCAACUUGGUGCUGAAGAAUAAUCAGAUUGAAAAAGCGGAUGCCGAGUGGCUCCCUGGUAACAGCAGCAUCACCUGGUUGGACUUAUCUGGGAACAGAUUGACGAAGAUCCCGACCGCUCUGCUUCAGAAGCUGCCCCACCUGGACAACCUGGACCUUACCAACAACCGUCUGGAGACGAUCUCUGCAAAUUCUCUGGACCCGCUGACCAAACUUGAGAGGCUGAACCUGCAAAACAACAAGCUGGACACCCUGGAUGCGUCCAUACUCCAGAGCAACCGUAACCUCACCUAUCUGUUCCUCUCUCGGAAUAAGCUCAACAAACUCCCCCAAAACCUUUUCCAGGGGCUCGCUCAGCUCAAACUCCUGACUCUGGAUGACAACCAGCUGAGCCACAUCCCUGCAGGUCUGCUGGACCCUCUGAGCUCCCUGGACGAGGAGGGGCUGGACCUGACCGCCAACCCGUGGCUGUGUGAUGGGGAGGUGGAGUACCUCUGGAGGUGGCUGCAGAAGAACAAGAAGAAGGUCUUCCUGCCUGAGACCGUCACGUGUACCGGACCGCAGGCUCUGGUGGGGCGCUCAGUCAUGUCACUGACAGAAAGUGAACUAAACCUCCAGUCUUAACAUUUUACAUCCUCAUGGUUAUAAUCUGAUAUGGUGAUGUAGCCAGUUGUCUUACUCUUCAAUCACUGAAACAUUCUCUUUUGUUAAUGUGAAUGUAUAAUUAAAUAUGAUACGAGUAAAGAGAUCGCUCAAGAA